GGCGUUGCUUGUGCGUGUGGAAGGGGUCGAAGGUUCAUUUACCCAAAAUAUAGUUCCAAUAUUACCAUCUUUGAAAGCUGAUACAAAUAAUAUCUUGAAGCCUUGUUUGCUGAAGGCAGAUAACAUUAAAUAUGUACAAUGCUGCGCUGAAAAGGUUCUCAAAACGUUAGUUGUUCUGUACGAUAACUCGCGCAUGAAUACACAUUACAAGCGAAGUUCUAUUCAACUUCUGAUCCGCCUAAGGAAUAUAACGACAAUUGACAGUCAGCUCUGGUGCAGUAGCGCGCAGUAGCAUUCUUGGAUCCGAAGUGUUGGAGUGUGCAACAGGCGUGAGUUCAACCCGGCCAUCAGUGGAAGUGAUCGUUCCUCAAUAUUGUGUGAUAGUGUCUAAUAAAGUUUCAAUUCUUCUAAAGUAAAUCGUGUACACUCAAAAUGGUUUCCGGAGGAAUGUCGUUGGUGAAAUGUUUACUUUUUAUUUUCAACCUUUUAUUUGUGAUUUCCGGUAUAACAAUCCUUGUUAUCGGAGUACUGGCAUUGUACCCUUAUAAAGAAUAUGCGACGUUCAUGGAUCCCAAAUUCGCAGCAGGACCAAUAAUACUAAUAACUGUAGGCUCAAUCAUCUUCAUUAUUGCCUUCUUCGGUUGCUGCGGGGCUAUCAAGGAAAAUAAUUGCAUGCUUAUUACGUACGCGAUUCUUCUCUUGACGAUAUUCACCGUACAACUGGCUGCUGGAAUCUGCGGAUACAUAUAUCGACACGAAGUGAAGAGGGGCGCUGAGAAAGAGAUCAUAAAGAGUAUGGACAACUACAACUCCGAUGUGGAAAUCAGAGACGCGUGGAAUAUUUUGCAGUCCGAUGGGAUUCCUCUUCCUUCGUCCUGCUGCAAACAUCUUGACGCUGAGAAGAUGUGCAAAUUGAGUAAUUCAUACUCUAUUGGAUGCUCCUCUGUUCUGAAGGACAAGAUAGAACAUUAUGCUUUAAUCAUUGGUGGUGUUGCAAUUGGCAUUGCUUUUGUACAAUUACUUGGGGUCAUCCUUGCCUGCUGUCUUGGAAGAUCGAUUCGAAAGGAAUAUAAUACAGUGUAGAAGAUGUAUUUGUUACAUAAAUAAAGGAGAUUCUGGACUUCUUCACGUUAGUAGUCGCCUCUACCGAAAGUUUCAAAACAAGUUUUAGUCUUUUAGUUAAAAAAGCAACUAUGAGUAUUAAGUCUUUAGUUCCGGUAUACAUUUUCAGCACCUUCGACCUGCUAAAGUUCUCUCUUUACUGUGGUGUCAUCACCAAAGUUUACUGACAUUCUUUGGGUGUUGAUGUCAGCAAAACUUUACUGGCGUUUUGCUCGUGUGUAACACAAAUUUAUAAUCACGGUAUAAUGUGCAGAAUCAGUGGCGGAUCCGGAGGGAAGAGAUGGAUGGAGGACCAUGAUCCCUCCCCCAAAAGGGAUAGUUUUCGUUUGUUACCUUCUUUUAUUUGGCAAUAUUGAUUUAUAUUUUUUUGUUAGAAUUGUGAAAUUAUUAAAAAAUAAUGUAUAUAAAUAAGUAACGUACUCUUAAAAAAUAAUGUACACUAUGAUAAUAAAGGUUUAUUAUUUUACGUAAAUCUGUAAUGGUCUCUUCCAAAAUACUUGCAUGGACCCUCCCCAGUGCAGUAUAUUUCACGUAUGAUCUAAAACUUGCGAAGAUUUGUUAUAUUUAGAACACAUGUACCCUGUGACUGAGGAAUGUGUUGAAUAUUAAACACUUUGCAAUUAUAUUUUUACCUAUUAAUAAAGCGUGUUUUUUUCGUAUGAUGUGUAUUGUCGAUGUUUGAGGUGGGUAUUUAAGUUCUAAUUACUCGUAAGUAAAUGAUUGCUUUAUAAAUUCUUAUGCACCAGACUGCCAGGUCAAUUAAUUGUGAAACGUCCUUUUUUCUAAAUUCCCGUGUGAUUGAGCAUGUUCGGCGUGUUAGUUCAAUGUGUAGAAGAAAAUAAACAAUAUUUCUACGUAAAUAAUGAAAUAAUGUGCAUGGAAAUGAAAAAUAAAUGUUGGAGUAAGAUAAAAUCUUGAAAAUUUCUGAUUUGUUAUGAAUAGUUAGAAGACCUAUUAAGAUAAUACACACCACAAUUCUUAAGGUCUUAAUAAAUAUAUAGUUUAU